AUGGGCAAGCCAAGUGGAGGGUGUGGUACCUGUCGUGCGAGAAGAGUCAAGUGCGACGAAGGGAGACCGAUAUGCAACCGUUGUAGGAAGGCGAGGCGAACCUGCUCCGGGUAUCGAGACCCGCACUCGAUCUGGUUUCGAGAUGAAAGCAAGUCGGUAAUCCAACGUCUGAAAACAUCGGCGGGCUCGGAUCCUGGCCUCCCCGCUGCACAAGCGUCCGCGGUGGUCAGAUUGAAAUGGAAGACCGCCGAUGGUCCGACAGCCCGGCAACUCCCAAGCCCCAUCUUGAACUUUACCCUGGACCAUACCUUCCAGGCAACGUGCUUCUUCCUGAACACCUUCAAGUGGUUCAACACGUUCAGCCUGGUGGAACGGUCUACCCGCCAUGCCCCGGAAUCCACUGCGGCACUGGGGGAGAAAGCCAUGAUGGCCGGCAUUGCAUCCGUAGGGCUGGCCAAUUUGGCGAGCCUCCAGAAGUCUCCAUCCCUGCGCCUGUCUGCCCGGCGCGAGUACGCCACAGCUCUGCAGCUGACCAAUGCCGCCUUGCGGGACCCUGUCAUGGUCAAGGAGGACACGACGCUCACCGCCAUCGUCUGCCUGUCGUUAUUCGAGAUCAUCGUCUGUGAACGGCAAGACAGCCUGGAAUCCUGGAUCAACCACUCUAAGGGGAUUGCGGCCCUCCUGGAACUGCGCGGCGGGGAGCAGCUGCAGCGCGAAAGCGGGGCCUGGAUGUUCCAGGUUCUAAGAAAUGAAGUUCUCACAGGCUGCCUACAAAAAGGACUCCGAUUCCCUCCUGCGCUGCUCGACAUCCCAGAUCGGAUGGCAUCCAAGUCGCAGACGUACCCUUUCUCAACGGACGGAAACCGACUAAUGAAGAUCGUGGCCAAGUUCUGCGACCUGCAGGCCGAUAUCCGAACAGGCAUCAUCUCAGACAGCAGCGAGAUCCUCUCCAUAGCGCGGGCGAUCGACUCCGAGCUGGAAGACUUAACCGGCACGUUCUCCUCGGAAUUCGUCUAUGCGCUGUGCACCCGACCCCCCAGCCAUCCGCCCCCGCCGGCAACAAAUGGCUACAACUUCGCCUACUACCACGGCACUUACCACAUGUACCAAACCCUCUGGGCGUGCAACGUCUGGAACAACUACCGAUAUGUCCGGAUCCUGGUCAACACGGUGAUUCUGUCCCAUCUGCCACCCGUGGCCCCUGCGGCUCAAUCGGGACCGGAGUACGAGAGUUUCCGGGCCCAGUGUGUCCGGCCCCGGGACCGGAUGAGGCAGCUGGCCACGGACAUCUGCUGCUCGGUGCCGUUCAAGUUCGGGGUUGCGGGCCACGAGGAGAUGGAUGGCGUGGACCCCGUGAUGACGCGCGCCGGCACGGGGUUUACCCUGCUGCUACCGCUUUAUGUGGCGGUGCUGGUCGACGGCGUCUCCAGCCCCAUCUACACCUGGGUGAUGAACUGCUUCCAUGUCAUCGGGCGGGUGAUGGGGAUUCACACGGCAGUGGCCCUGAUGGAGAUGUUGAAAGACCAUCCUGGUGUGGUGGGAUGGAUAGACCGCAUGGAAACCGGAGAGAAAGUUUGAUGAAGACCCGGUCCGGGAACAUUGAAGGUGUGACGGUGGGAGCCUACAGUGGCAAGGAAACGAGGCCGUGGGACCGUCCGCUGGAUUGAUGUAGGAGAAAGAGGGAGGAAGGGAAAGGAAGAUAAGAGGUGGCGGCGGAGGAGGAGGCAGUCACUGCGGGUGCUAACCUCAGGCAGCAACCCCGCUGAGACCCCCAACCCAAGUAUCAACCGGAUGUAGGAACAACCAGCCCUACGAUACAGCUUCAGCUUUAGCCUCAGCCUCAACCUCCAAGCCAACAAACCACAGUAACUGGGAAUCACAAGCAUCAAAUGAUAAUGAUAAGCUACCUACGCAUUAGAAUAC